UUUCGAGAUUCUGUGAGAUGCGAUGUUUGUUGUGAAUCUAAAGUAUCUAUCCUAGGUAUUCUCAGUACGUACGUGGUACAUAACGUACGUAAAGAGGUACACACCGUUAUACCAAUGAGAAGAAGACUUCUUCUUUUUCAACAUAUUUGAGCGAGUUUACGGGAGUUUUUCUCUGUUAAAAACGGUUGUUUUUUUUCUGCUGCUUCCUUCUUUUAUUUACGUUUUCGUUUCUCCGUUUUAUCGUACGGAAUAUAGAGAAUUUCAUCCACUCUACUCACCACCAGAGUUGUAGAGGGUAGAAAAAGCGUUUUGUAUGAUUUUUUGUUUUUAUAUUCAUUUCAUAUUCGGACUAGAGUGUGUUUCGUGUGUGUGUCUGUCGUCGUCCUCCUGCUCUGCUGGCUGGCUGCUGCUGUUCUUUUGUGUUUAUUCAGAUAGAGAUACUCAGAUACUUUCGGGGAAAACACACGGUGUCGUCGACGACGGUGGCGGCGGGCGCUUUUUUCCACAAUACAAUUACCAAACGAAUAUAGUAGCGACCAGAACGUCGCGGCAUCAACAACGUGCUUUUUCAACAAAGCGGUUUUUACGCAAAAAAUUUAAAAUAAAAAAACAAAUAAAAACAAAAGAAGAAAAACAUUUUCAAAACGAUUUUUUAUCCCAAAAAAAAACAAAGAAAAUUUUGAAUGAAUGAAAAAGAUUUUUUUUUUGUUGAAAUGGGAUUUUUUUGUUAAUCGAGAGCGGUUAGUUAAUAACAGUGAUUCAGAUUAGAAUAAAGGUACGUUCACACCUUCCUACAAAUGUGAAUAUAACUUGAUUAUAUUGAAGACGCGCACCUGUCGGAUACUCUGUAAAUGAAAAUAUACAAUUUGUGAAUUAUACCUAUUGAAGGAAAUAUCUAAAAGAUAUGCAUUCAUUGGAUAAAGUUAAAAGUUUUAUGAAAAGAUUCCUUUUGGAUAAAUCAAUGGAAUCAACUAAAGAACGUUAAGUGAUCCUUGAAGAUAAAAAAAAACACAAAAAUUAAUACAACCUGCUGCACUAUUUACCCCACCAACAACAACAACAAAAAAACACUCCUCCCGAACAACACACAAAAAAUCUUACAGAUUCAUUUUUGAACAAAAACGCACUUCCCUUAAUUUUUUUUUGAAUCUUCAUCCAUUUUGUGUUUUUUGUUUCUUGAAUACGCACACAAGUGUUGUUGUUAUUUUUUAAUUCACUUGUGGGUUUUCUUCGAUAAGGUGGAAACAAAAUUUCAAAAGUGAAUAAGGCACAGGAAAGAAAAAUUAUUAAAAAAGAAAGUGAAAAAUGUGGGAAUAAAAAUUAUAAAAAAUUAUUCAAGUGAAAUUAAAAAAAAAAAAUUGAAGAAAAUUAAAAUUACAAGUGGAAAUAAUUAAAUAAUAUUGAUCAUUCCAAUGUUGUCUUGUUUGGUACCACCCCGUUUUGGACCAGAGGAUAAAAUUAGUAGUAUGCCAUCGUCACCAGCGUUCUCAAUGCAGUUUCCAUCACUGGCAUCGAGUUUACACCAUCAUAGCCAAAUUAAAAACGAUGAUAGCAGUCAAGCAUCAUCGGCCGCCACAACAGCCCAGCAGGGUAGUGGCGGUAGUGGAAUUGGUAUUGGUGACUACAUAAUGAAAUGUCCGCAGUGUCAUCAGCGGUUAUCGAGCUUUCAGGCCCUCCAUGAACAUAUAGAAAAUGAACAUUCUCAUGAAAAGUUCGCCUUUGAAAAUCAACCACCAAAUGGCUAUCACAUAGAUCGUGAAAUUGACUAUAGCAGUCGACAACAACAACCACAACAUUUAAAACAAAAUCAUAAUAAUAACAAUUUAACCAAUUGCAACAAUAACAACAACAACAACAACGACAGUAAUAAUAGCAAUAAAAAUAAUAACAAUUCAAAAAUCUAUAGUAUUAGCAACAACAACAAUAACAACAACAAUAAUAAUAAUUGUCACUUGUCAUCAUCGUCCUCCUCCAUGUCAUCGUCAUUGUCAUUGAUUCCAACAACUGGUGGCCGAACUACAUCUCCAGCACCAUCGUCGCAUUCACCCCUGGCGGGAGCUAGCGCAUCACAACGCACCACACCACCCACCGAUCUCAGUUCGCAGUAUCAUCAUCAUGCAAUGGCAAUGGCCGCUUUGGCCGUUGGCAUUUCCACUUCGGCCACAGCAGCCGUCUCGAAUGGUUAUGAUGCGAGUGCAGCAGCUGCCAUGGCCGCAGCGGAGGCAAUGGCCAUGGCUGGUAGUCGGUCAACUACAAGUCCAUUGAAUGGUCAUAAUGUUGGCAAUGGUGGAAGUGUUGUUGGUGGUGGUGGUGGUGGUAAUGGCAAUUGUGGUGCAUCAACGGCAUCAUCAUCGUCGUCUACAUCGUCGUUGUCGUUGGGAUUAUCAUCUUCGUCGGCAGGUCCUUACCAGUGUUCUCAGUGUUCGGCUGCAUUCCCAAAUCGUGAUCUCCUUGAUAAGCACGAGCUGUUGCAUUCGCCGAAUUCAUCUGGCGUUAAUCAGAGUUGUAAAAUCUGCCACAAAGCAUUCGCUAAUGUCUACCGCUUACAACGGCACAUGAUUAGCCAUGAUGAAUCAGCACUCCUACGCAAAUUCAAAUGCACCCAAUGCGAUAAGGCUUUUAAAUUUAAACAUCAUCUCAAAGAGCAUGUACGCAUCCAUUCCGGCGAAAAACCAUUCGGUUGUGAUAAUUGCGGUAAACGUUUCUCACAUUCCGGUUCGUUUUCGAGUCAUAUGACUUCGAAAAAAUGCAUCAGUAUGGGUCUCAAAUUGAACAAUAAUCGAGCAAUGUUAAAGAGUUUAGAAAAAAGUGGUAUAUUAGGAGGAAGUCCGAAUGGUAAACGUCCCGGUAUCGGACAACCACCAAUCGGAACAAAUCCUUUAAAUUACUUCCCACAUGGUUUGGGUGGUGUUGGAGGAAGUCCCGAAGGACCAACGAAUCCACCAAAUGGUAGCAAUUCGUUUUACAAUAUGUUGCCAAAAUAUAGUGACUAUGGGGCGAUGAAUGCCGCCUUAUUGGCUACAUUCCAAAAUCCAUUUUACAAUAUGGCUGCAUUGAAUCCAAAUAUCCAUCCAUAUAGUAUACAUCGGUUGUUGGAAUUAACUGCAGCCGGUAAUCAAAGACUACAAUCGGAUCCGGAAGAUCUCAUUGAAGAAGUUACGGAAGAUGUGGCCGAUGAGCCAAAACUUGUGAUGGACUUGGAUGAUUGUGAAAAAGAUACCGAAGAGGAUCAUACUCGUACUUAUAAUCGCAGUGAUGAUGAAGAUGAUGAAGGUGAUGAUAGCCGUAAUAGUAAUAACAGUUCGCCAGUUAAACAAACCUUUGAAGACUCAAAUGCUGAAGAUGUAAAAAUGCCAAGUGUUCGAAGUCCUAGUCCUGCGCCGCCACCACCGGUGCAAGAAGACCGUCCCCAUUCACCGGAAAUCAAAGUCGAAGAAGAAGAAGAGGAGGAGGAGGAAGAAGAAGAAGUGAAGACUCCUAAAGAAGAAGUUGAACAAUCGGAACCGGUAAAUGAGUUACGUUGCAGUCGUUGUGAUAAACAAUUUAAUCACCCAACCGAAUUGGUCCAGCAUGAAAAGAUCCUGUGUGGAUUGAUCAAGCAAGAACUUGAGCAACAGCAAACACAGCAACAACAACAACAACAACAACAUCAGCAAAUGCAAAAUCAAUUUAAGUCAAAUGAAUCCGAUGCUGGAAAUUCUUCGUAUCUUCAUUCUGGUAGUGAAGAAGAACUCGAAGAUCGGGAGUCAAAGAACGGAAGUGAAGCUGGUGAGCGAAAAGUUCGAGUUCGAACAGCAAUCACAGAAGAACAACAAGCAGUCCUAAAGCAACACUAUGCGGUAAAUGCUCGACCAAGUCGUGAUGAAUUCCGUGUGAUUGCCAAUCGAUUGUCACUUGACGCCCGGGUGGUUCAAGUGUGGUUCCAAAAUAAUCGAUCUCGCGAAAGAAAAAUUAAUAAUGGUUUCAAUGGAAUCAAUAAAUGUUAUCCUCCAAUGAUUCCUGAACCAAUUCAAGCCAAUAGCCCACCACCAGCUGUGGACGAAUCAAUGAAUAAACUUCCAAUUGGAGAAGAUCAACCUCUUGAUUUGUCACUUAAAAAAGAUAGUCCCCAGCAACCGGGAAAUUCACCACUCUAUGGUAGUGUCCCAAUGCAGGUGGAUACCAACGAAGCAAUCAAUUUGAGUCGAAAACUCUCACCGAGUCCGCCGACUUCGUUGUACAAACAACCUUUCUACUAUGGCGCCACAAUGCCAAAUCAACGUCCUUCAGACAUUCCAGUGCCACCACAUCAUCACAUUCGUCAGACACCAUCACCAAAUGAAGCAAUGCCACCGAUGCCAAGAUAUCCCACUAAUACUAAUCCGUAUAUGAUGCCAAAUGGUAAUGGACCACCGCGUGCAAUGGUCCCGAUGGAGUGUCUUUUUCAAAUGGCUCCCGAAUAUGCACGUAGUCAUUUGAUGGGUAGUAUGAAAUUGGGUAGUGAUCGUGGUACUAGUUUGAGUCCGGGAUCAGAGAAACGAUCGUGGCGUGAUGAUGAAUCGAGAAUUUCACAUGAAGAUGAUUAUAUGGCGGCGGCGGCAGCUGCUGCUGCAGCGGCUUCGAGUCUAAUGCCACCGCAAAUGAAGCGACCAAAGAUCGAGACACAUGGACAUGCCGGUGAUCCAGAUUUGCCAUUUAUUUGCGAUCAAUGUGAUAAGGCGUUUGCUAAACAGAGCUCGCUGGCGAGACAUAAAUAUGAACAUUCUGGUCAACGUCCUUACAAAUGCGUCGAUUGUCCCAAAGCAUUCAAACACAAACACCAUCUAACCGAACAUAAACGUUUGCACAGUGGUGAAAAACCUUUCCAGUGUUCGAAAUGCCUAAAACGUUUCUCACAUUCCGGCUCAUAUAGCCAGCACAUGAACCACAGGUACUCGUAUUGCAAACCGUACAGGGAAUAGGUAAGCGAGGCGUCCGCCCUGCUGAAUCUUGAUUUUCGUAAGCAACAUCCGUCAUCGUCGCAACAAAAUCAUCAACAACAGCAGCUCGGCACGUUUUUUAAUCGUCAUCACUUAACCAAUAAUAAUAAUGCCAGACGGGGAGGAGGUGUACCACAACAAACGGUACAACCACCACCACCGCCACCCCAACCAACGAUUCCACCUUCAUUCUGGCCAAUGAUGCAACAGCAACAACAACAACAAACGCAUCUAAAUAGCUUACACCCGCUUCAACAAUUACAAAUGCAACAACAACAGCAACGUUUACAAGCAGAGCAUUUUGCUGCAUUAAGCGGUUUCCAUCGCAAAUUCUAAAAACCUAUAGAGUGAGAGAAUUGAGCAGAAAAAAAAAAAAAGAAAUUAAAAUAAAACGGAUUGUGAUCAAAAUAAAAAAUAU